UGCCGUGCGCUUUACCUCGAACCUUCUGCUGUCUGUUAUCUCCUCACCCCCCCCAUUUGCUUCAUCGACACAACAGACAUCUUUCGUCGCGCCUGAAGAUAGCCACCAUGAAGGCAACUUCUGUCGCUGCUGCUCUUGUCGCCGUGGCCGCGGCGCCGGCGGCCGCCUUCGUGCCAUCGGUGGGACUCAAGCAAGUUGCUGGGCGGCAGCAUGAGCUCUCCCGACGGUCUCCGUCAUCUGGGCUGUCGAUGGUGGAGAAGGUUGAGGCCGAGGUGGUGAAGGGCAGCGGAGGGAAGAGCCCUACCGUGGCCAAGACCGAGGAGCUCAUCGACUCCGCCAAGGACGUAUUCUCCCAGCUGAAGAGGGCGGUGGACGAGUUCGACUCGAGCCAGAUCCAGGAGGACGUGAAGUCGCUCGUGGAGGGAAUCAAGACCAACACGCCGGCGGGUGUGUCGGGGGAGAGGGGAGAGGCGUGGGCGGCGGCGCAGGUGGUCAUCCUCCUGUUCGUCCUCAUGGGCAACCUCCCCCUCCUCGGCGGUUCGUUGGAGAUACUCGCGGGACCCGGGUUGCUGCUCGGCGGUGCCGGGCUGGCUACCGUUAGCGCUCUGCAGCUUGGCAGGAACUUCUCGCCGUGGCCGGAGCCGGCGGAGGGAGGCGUCCUCAACACCACGGGUGUGUACUCGCUCUGCCGCCACCCCAUGUACGCGGGUCUGGUGGCGUUCUCUCUCGGGCUGGGGUUCUCGACGGACUCGUUCACCCGCAUCGCGCUCGCCUGCCUCCUGGGCUACGUGCUGGACCGCAAGGCAGACAUGGAGGAGGAGAAGCUGGUAGCCGUCCACCCAGCGUACAAGACCUACAAGGAGGAGGUGUCCAAGUUCGUACCCACUCUCUACUAAGAAAAGGGGAGGAAUAUGAAUGGCAUCUAGGACUCCUUGAUAUUUACAACAUGUACCUUCGCCGAGCCUUUUUUUGGAAAGGGUACAAUCCGGUUCUGCAAGAACAGGCGUGCAACUGCUGUAGGCCGGUAAGCACGUGAAAAGGUCCAUGUGUCGAUGUGGCAUUGCUUUGGUCUUUGCUGGAAAGCAUCGUCCCGGUACAACUGCGCCCCAUGGCUAUCUACACUUUGUCCAUGAGCGGGGUAAGCAUCAGUUCGGGAUGAGGUUUUCUGGCGGAAGUGCGAGGCAGACGGGCAGGGGGGAGGUGUAGACCGCGGCCAGUUGGACUGGCUUUUUUUUUGUCGUGAGGAUGAUGCUAGACUUUAAGACUACAGCCUGGACCUAGACUUUGCUCACGGUGAACAAGACAAGUAUUAGCUGACCAAGUUCAUGGCCGUUCGCUUGCCGUGGUGCUUUCGGCUCACUCACGCAGAGCGGUGGGGAUACAGAUAGAGACUAGAAAGUAGACGCGGUGAAAGGAUUCAUUUUCACCGAAGCGACCGCAGCAGCAGCAUGCAAGACAGCUGGCGAGCGUGUUCUGGAGCGCGUGUGACGAAAAGGGGUUUCUUUCCCACACGCGAUCGGACAGCAGGCGGUGAAUAACGGGCUCCUGUUUCUUGUUUUUUUCGUAUGACAUCCUUUGUAGCUCAGUCCAAAGCGUUUGUUGCGAGUCCGAAGUGAAUGCUGGGAAAAGGGGGAAAGACAAGGGACGUUAAAUUAGAGAGGGAACCACUCUGCCCCAACGGCAGGUGCACGAACGAUGACGCACGACGAGCACACCCCUCUCUGCUUGGUCUUACGAACACAAAUGGUGCAAUAGUUUUCCAACAAAGCGGUCGACAACAUUGUGCGCGCGCUCCGUCGAACACAACGCACUCGUCUCGCCAUCGUGAGGGAAACCUAGGGGGCUGCAAAAUUCGGGAUGCACCGGGCGUUUUUAUUUUUAUAAAAGACACAAGGAAGUACCAAGCCGGAGCGGUGGUGUACAGGGGCGGAGGACAUCGGGUUCGUUCAUCCUCGACAGCAAAUCAAUAGCCCUUUGGUGGACCAUGACCACUCUGCGUUGUGAUAUGCCUCGCCAGGUUAAUUUGCAAGGUUGAACCGCCACAGUAGGUGAAAGGGCUGUCUGACAACGCUUCCAGAGUCUCCCUGAUACCCGUUCUCGACGCGCGACGCCUGCCCCUUCUUUCCACCAGAGCCUCGUCCCCUGGCCCCGGGUUACGGACCGCCGCUCGUCUCCCCCUCGCUCUCUCUAUCCCCUCGCCGCUGCCCGUUGCACUUGCUACCAAAACGGUGAUUAUCACUGCUCUUUGUACGCCGACCACUUUUCCUCGCACCCCCACACAACGGCUGCUGUAUGCAUAUGAAACACUGCUUUAUCUGUUGCUCCCUGUCUCAGCCAAAACAAAACGGACUUGACGACAGAGGGCCGCCCCAGGGCUAUCAUACGAAACACGACGGCCUGACCCUGAAUCACGCCCCCAUCAACAUGCAGCUCCCUAUCGGUGUCUAGCGGGGCGUCAUCGCCGCACGCUGACCACCGCACCUCCCCGUGGCUCCUCCCCUUCUGAGGCGACAGCAAACGCCUGCCUGGUGAACUCUAAGAAGAAAUCCCGGAAGUGUCUCGCGGCCACCGCCGCGGCGACGAUGGUCACCAUGCUCAUGGCCGUGCGCGGCGACAAGAAGCUCC